ACAUACACACACAUACACACACGCUCACUUCGCCAUGUCGUCGAGCAAGUUCUCGUACAAGCCAUUGACGCUGACCCCCAUCAACUUCUCCCUCACCGAGGGCACCUCGAUACCCGCGCCCCUCGACAGCCCCCCCGACACGCCUCGCCCCCCGACGCCUGGACGCGGCCCGCUCUCGUCGCAUCCCACGCCCAAGUCGCCCGACUCACCGCCCCAGAGAGACUCGCCCCAGAGAGACUCGCCCGAGAGAGACUCGCCGCCGCCUGAAAAGCCCUUGGACGACGCGCCCUCGCCCGAUGUCCACACGCGACCCGGCCGCACAAGCGACGCCGCCAGCAGCACCAUCUCGCCCGCCAGUCCUACCGGCAAGCGCCCGGCCUCUGUUCGCAAGUUCCUAGGCAUUCGCACCCUCUCCUCUUCAGACAGCCUCAAGUCGGACCGCCCGGGCUCGCCUGCCACCAUCAACAGCCAGGCCCCCAGCCUAAACAGGAGGAAGAGCGGCAGCUGGUUUGGCAAGCGCAAGACCUUCAUUGCUGGCCCCGUCCCUGAAGGCCACGUGGACCCGCCUGCCUACGCCGCCGCUCGCACCGUCUCCCAGCCACAGCCUGCACCGCCCUCGCGCAAGUCAAACGACCCCCCGCCGCCAGCCCUGCCUGGCCUGAGCUCCUUUGGCCUCAGCGAGGACUCGCUCAGCCUCAGCGCCGACGAGCUCUUCAAGAACAUUGGCAAGAACGACGACCUCUACAAGUCGACUUCAAAGCCCAAUGGAAACUCCACUCAUGGCAAGUCGACAAAAUGGGAGCUCUAGGAAAAAUUAAUAAUACCCAUGCUGGCACAAGACCCACCGUGGUACGAGGUAUGGGGAAAGAGUCAAGGAGAAAAGAGUCAUGUCCAUGAACGCAUUCUUAACGCGAUCUUCCAGUUUAUUUGUUUGUUUGUUUUUCUGACUGCUUAUCUUUUUUGCUUUUUUUAACGCCCCCAUCUUCACCACAUACAUAUUAAACUGCACCACCACCACCACUACCCCCCGCCCCCUUUCACGACAUCCCAAGGCCACAGGUUGGAACGUUUUUUGUUUUAUUUGCUUCGAACAUCUGUGGCGUCAAUCUUCUCGUUUUUUUUAUUCCUUCUUUUGGCUUGCAUGUGUAUGUGUUGUGUAUAGUUAGUAGACCUACUAUGCCACACAACGCACAAACAAUCACGAUACCCC